ACGAGAUCUGGUGUGGGACGGAGUGAAGAGAGUUGUUAUCGAAGAGGGAGAACGGACAGAGGCAGGAGCAGGGGGUGUGUUUGUGGGGCCCAAAAAAAAAGGAGCACAACACGGCGUGAAUGAGAGAGGCAAGCUGGCGGAAUUCAACAUGGCAUCCGGAGAUACGCUGUACAUCGAGGCGGACGGCUCGGAGAUGCCGGCCGAAAUAGUGGAGCUCCACGAGAUAGAGGUGGAAACGAUACCAGUGGAAACUAUCGAGACCACGGUGGUCGGCGGGGACGACGACGACGACCAGCCCAUGAUCGCUCUCCAGCCGCUGGUCACGGACGACCCUAACUCGAUCCACCACCACCAAGAGGUGAUCCUGGUCCAGACCCGGGAGGAGGUGGUCGGCGGGGACGACUCCGACCUGCACACGGACGGCGGCUUUGAGGACCAGAUCCUCAUCCCGGUGCCGGCUCCCGGAGUGGAGGACGAGUAUAUCGAGCAGACUUUAGUGACUGUAGCCGGGAAGAGCUCUGUAGGUCGGAUGAAAAGAGGAGGCGGCGGCGGCAGUGGGAAGAAAGCAGGCAAAAAGAGCUAUUUAACCGGUGCGGAGGCUAGCGGUAGAAAAUGGGAGCAGAAGCAGGUGCAAAUAAAGACACUGGAGGGGGAAUUCUCUGUUACAAUGUGGGCAUCGGAUGACAAUAAAGACAUUGACCAUGAGUCAGUGGUAGAAGAACAGAUCAUCGGGGAGAACUCCCCUCCGGACUACUCCGAGUACAUGACAGGGAAGAAGCUGCCCCCUGGUGGCAUCCCGGGGAUCGACCUCUCCGACCCCAAACAGCUGGCAGAGUUUGCCAGGAUGAAGCCCAGGAAAAUCAAAGAGGAUGAUGCUCCCAGGACGAUAGCUUGCCCUCAUAAAGGCUGCACAAAGAUGUUCAGGGAUAACUCAGCCAUGAGGAAGCAUCUCCACACCCACGGACCCCGUGUGCACGUCUGUGCUGAGUGCGGCAAGGCCUUUGUGGAGAGCUCCAAACUCAAACGUCACCAACUUGUUCACACAGGGGAGAAACCCUUCCAGUGUACCUUUGAGGGCUGCGGGAAAAGGUUUUCUCUGGACUUCAACCUGCGCACACACGUGCGGAUCCACACUGGAGACCGGCCCUACGUCUGCCCUUUCGACGGCUGCAAUAAGAAGUUCGCCCAGUCAACCAACCUAAAAUCUCACAUUCUCACACACGCCAAAGCCAAAAACAACCAAUGAGAACCCAUCCACCAGCCUCCAGCCACACACUUAGAAGAAAAAAGCAUCUUAGCAACACACGUGGAACCUUGUUUGAUGACGGAAAGAGAAGCUUGAGACUUUGUGAUUUAAAAAGUAAAAAAGAGAGAUUAAAAGACUUGAAAAAUUGUGAAAAUCAACCAGUUUUCUUCCCUCCCCCUGUUCUGCUGUUGUAUUGGCUGAGGAACAUGGUGACUCUUCCCCAAAGGCCCACCCCUGCCACCACAGUCCUUCUCUUCCUCCAGUGGCACUCAGGUGCCAGAAGAUGGAACUCAUGGGCAAACAUCACAGACUAUUUUUACCACAGAGUGAAGAGAGAAACCGCAAUCUGUCAUUUUUUUUAAACUUUAAAUUAAUUUUGCUGCAUAGCUUUUAUUUUCUUUUUCUCCAAGUGUGCAUAUUGUACACCUAACUUGGGCUAUGUUUACUAAAAUUGUGAUUUUUUUUUUCUCUCCCUGCAUUAUGAGAUCUAUACCUAUGAAAUGAAAGGCCUCAGGCCUCGUGUGACCUGUUUCACAUGUAUGAGAAGUAAAAAAUCUGUUUGUUUGCAUUUCCAUACCUUGUUCGGUUGUAUUUUUCUCUAACCACAGAAUAACCUUGUAUACUUGUAUUGUACGGCUGUAUUGAAAUUAUGUAGACAUAGAUAGAGGCGUGAUUUAAAGUGUUAACCAAUUAAACUUUUAGUCAUGAGUUUCUUUAUCUUUUCUAUGGACUGUCUUUACACAGAAAAAUGAGUAAUAUACACUUACUCAGAGCCUGUCUCAGUUCAAGUAUCUGAAACGUACAUCAAAUUGACUGCGAGACCAUCACUUUCUUUGUUAGAAUGUAAUGUACAGACAUCAACCAUUAACUUCCUUUGUUGAUAUUUACACCCAUGUAUCUCAAUUGCCCACAAUAAAAUGGGUCAUUCCAACCCUGUUGAAAUAGCCAAA